CCUGGCAGUGAGCUGGACAACUUGGAGGAGAUUUUGGAUGAUUUGCAAAAUAGUCAAUUACCACAGCUUUUCCCAGACACGAGGCCAGGCGCUCCUGCUGGAUCAGUUGACAAGCAAGCCAUCAUCAAUGACCUCAUGCAACUCACGGCUGAAAACAGCCCUGUUACACCUGUUGGAGCCCAGAAAACAGCAUUGCGAAUUUCACAGAGCACUUUUAAUAACCCACGACCAGGGCAACUGGGCAGGUUAUUGCCAAACCAGAAUUUACCACUUGACAUCACAUUGCAAAGUCCAACUGGUUCUGGACCUUUCCCACCAAUCAGAAACAGUAGUCCCUACUCAGUGAUACCUCAGCCAGGAAUGAUGGGUAACCAAGGGAUGAUAGGAAACCAAGGAAACUUAGGGAACGGUAGCACAGGAAUGAUUGGUAGUAAUGCUUCUCGGCCCACCAUGCCAGCUGGGGAAUGGGCACCGCAAAGUCCAGCUGUGAGAGUCACUUGUGCUGCUACCACCAGUGCCAUGAACCGGCCAAUUCAAGGAGGUAUGAUUCGGAACCCAACGGCCAGCAUCCCCAUGAGGCCCAGCAGCCAGCCUGGCCAAAGGCAGAUGCUUCAGUCUCAGGUCAUGAAUAUAGCUCCAUCUGAGUUAGAGAUGAACAUGGGGGGACCUCAGUAUAGCCAACAACAAGCUCCUCCAAAUCAGACUGCCCCAUGGCCUGAGAGCAUCCUGCCUAUCGAUCAGGCAUCAUUUGCCAGCCAGAACAGGCAGCCCUUUGGCAGCUCUCCGGAUGACUUGCUGUGUCCACACCCUGCGGCCGAGUCUCCAAGUGAUGAGGGAGCGCUCCUGGACCAGCUCUACCUAGCCUUGCGGAACUUUGACGGCCUCGAGGAGAUUGAUAGAGCCUUAGGAAUACCAGAGCUGGUCAGCCAGAGCCAAGCAGUAGAUCCCGAGCAGUUCUCAAGUCAGGAUUCUAACAUCAUGCUGGAGCAGAAAGCCCCUGUUUUUCCACAGCAGUAUGCAUCUCAGGCACAAAUGGCCCAAGGUAGCUACACUCCCAUGCAAGACCCAAACUUUCACACCAUGGGACAGCGGCCUACUUAUGCCACACUCCGUAUGCAACCCAGACCAGGACUCAGGCCCACAGGCCUAGUGCAGAGCCAGCCAAAUCAACUGAGACUUCAGCUUCAGCAUCGCCUCCAAGCACAGCAGAAUCGCCAGCCACUUAUGAAUCAGAUCAGCAAUGUUUCAAAUGUGAACUUGACUCUGAGGCCUGGAGUACCAACACAGGCACCGAUUAAUGCACAGAUGCUGGCCCAGAGACAGAGGGAAAUCCUGAACCAGCAUCUUCGACAGAGACAAAUGCAUCAGCAACAGCAAGUUCAGCAACGAACUUUGAUGAUGAGAGGACAAGGGUUGAAUAUGACACCAAGCAUGGUGGCUCCUAGUGGUAUACCAGCAACCAUGAGCAAUGCCCGGAUUCCCCAGGCAAAUACCCAGCAGUUUCCAUUUCCUCCAAACUACGGAAUAAGUCAGCAACCUGAUCCCGGCUUUACUGGGGCUACAACUCCCCAGAGUCCUCUCAUGUCACCCCGAAUGGCACAUACCCAGAGCCCUAUGAUGCAGCAGUCUCAGCCCAACCCUGCCUAUCAGGCCCCCUCAGACAUGAAUGGAUGGGCACAAGGGAACAUGGGUGGAAACAGCAUGUUUUCACAACAAUCCCCACCACACUUUGGACAACAAGCGAACACCAGCAUGUACAAUAACAAUAUGAAUAUCAAUGUAUCCAUGGCAACCAACACGGGUGGUAUGAGUAACAUGAACCAGAUGACAGGACAGAUCAGCAUGACCUCAGUGACCUCCGUGCCUACAUCAGGGCUGUCCUCCAUGGGUCCCGAGCAGGUUAAUGAUCCUGCUCUGAGAGGAGGCAACCUUUUCCCAAACCAGCUGCCUGGAAUGGAUAUGAUUAAGCAGGAGGGAGAUGCAUCACGGAAAUACUGCUGACCCAGAAGGUAGCUGGUUGCUUUUUUCUUCAGUUGACCAGGCUCAAUUGCUCAAAACACUUACCAGUCUGGAGAGCUGUGUCUCUUUGUUUUGACCCAUCUGACGUAAGGCCAGUUCUCCCAGAACGCCAUCAGCAGACAACUGGGCCCUAGCCCCAGCGUGGAACAUACUUGGCCGCCACCAGGGGAGUGGGAGCCUCUCUUCUCCUGACAGUCAGAAGCUGCGUGCAGACCGUUGCUGUCUGUUCACCGCAUUCACCUUAGUGCAACUUAGAUCUCUCCUGCAAAGUAAAUGUUGACAGACAAACUUCAUACCCAUGUCAGAUUGAAUGUAUUUAAAUGUAUGUAUUUAAGGACAACCAUGCUCUUGUUCUGUCCCUGUUCAGUUCCAGACACUGGUUUCUUGCUUUGUUUUCCCUGGCUAAUUAAAUUAGUCUAGUACAAAAGAUUAAGAUUUCAUAUGGGGGAAGGAAAAGAAUUUUUAAAAAUAAAAUGAAAGAUGUUUUAAGCUAAAGCCUGCAUAUGAGAUGGAAGCAGAGCAGACUGUGAACAGCUCUGUAGGUACAAACACGCCCCAUAGUUGUAUCUUUGCAGAAAGCUCUAAAGACCAUGUCAGAAGAGUUACUGGCAGAUGACUUGCUGCACAGAUGAAGAGGAGCCUGUAAGAGGGCUGUUAAUAUUAACAAGUAUCUGUUCCACUUUUUCUCUUGGUUAAAACCAAACUAGUUCACAUAAAUUGCGACUCAAGAAGAAAUAUUUUUCAUUUCUAAAUAAGUUCCCUUUAGAUUGAUCAGACAGCUUUGUAUUAGCAUCUCCCCCUUCCCUUCUGAUCCUGACUCUUCCUUCCACUCUGCCUUCCCCUGUUCUGCUUCUUUCAUUCAGUUUUUCAAACUAAUAUAAACUACAGAAACCAGGUAAGCCCUUUACUUCUGCAAAUGUUUUGCCAGCCACUUCCAGUUGUUAACGAUUGAAUUUCAGAAAAAUGCAUUUACUGGCAAGGAGAGGAGCAAAGUUAAGACUUAAUACCAAUCAGGAUAAGGACACCUGCUCUGGAAACAUGUUUAUUCUGUUCCCCAGCAACUCUGGCCUCCAAAAUGGGAGAAAAUACUAGUGUAUUGAAAUUGACAGCAGAUAUCACAACAGAUUUAACCUCUGCCAUGUGUUUUUUAUUUUGUUUUUUAGCAGUGCUGACUAAGCCGAAUUUUUGUAAGGUACAUAAAAUCCAAUUUAUAUGUAAACAAGCAAUAAUUUAAGUUCUGAACGUGUUUUAAUUGUAUAAUUUUUGUGAGGUAUACAUAUUGUGGAAUUGACUCAAAAAUGAGGUACGUCAGUAUUAAAUUAGAUAUCUUCAUAGCAAUGUCUCCUAAAGGUGUUUUGUAAAGGAUACCAAUGCCUUGAUGAGACCUAAUUUGUAGACUUAAGACUUUUUAUUUUCUAAACCUUGUGAUUCUGCUCAUAAAUCAUUUAACCUAUAUGAUAUGCAGCCGCUGUAGGAACAAAUUCUUGAUUUUUAUAUGUUUAUAUUCUUUCUUAAUGAACCUUAGAAAGACUACAUGUUACUAAGCAGGCCACUUUUAUGGUUGUUUUUCUUGCCCACUCUGGUAGGGGAGUAAUCUUUUAUUAAUUGGUGUCAGUUUCAGAUAACUGCAAUACCAAGAAACUGACGACCUUUUUGAGCUAUUUCUCCUCAAACCCUAAUACACAUACUUUCUUAAACCUAAAUUUCAGGAUAUCUUUUUGAUGUCUAAAAAGCAAAGCAUUUUAUAUUAUCUCAUUAGCCAGGCUUUUUAGGAACAGAGAAGCUUUUUUCAUUGAAAUUUGUUUUAUUUGUGGCAGGGUGAAAAAUGUACAAACUACCCCUAUUUAUAUUUAUAUCUCUCUAUAUAUCUACAGAUUAUAGAAAUAUAGGCAGAGAUAAAUAGCCCAAAGAUAAAUGGUAAGUAGACAGUCUGAAAGUGUUGCUCCAUACUAAAGAAACUUUCUGGAAAUUUGCAUUUUGAUACUUUUUUUUGAGAGGGAUCUUGCUACAGGGAGGUGGCCAAGGAACAGCACUUCUAGGUGGCCACCAGUUCACAUGUCCCUUCAAAAGCCUGUACUUUUCUCCACCAAACCAUUGGGUUACCCAGCUGAGAUGGCAAAGACAAGCAGAUGUGGGCCCAGAACUCCAGAAUCUCAUCUAAGUGAUGAGGCUCAGUGGUACACAAUUUCAAGUGACAGUUUUAAGUUAACUUUUAGAAAUAGAUGAGUUGCAAUAACUUUUAAUUUCACACUGCACAAAAGAGAAAAUGUAGUUUAAACCAGAUUUGUUUUGAGUUUUAAGUCCUUUUCACUAUACCACCAUCCAAAAAUAUCAUGUAGCUUUCAAUUGUUUAUCCACAUCUGCCCCCUGUGUUUUAAUGGCAGUCCCAAGUUGGACAAAUCUGCAUACCUGUGAUUACUGGCAGUUUAGAUAACUCAUGGUCAUUACUGUUUUGAAAGGAAAAGAGUAUAAAUUCUCUUAUGGUUCAGAACAGGUAAUAGAUUUCAGUUUACAUCUAAUUAAGAAAAGAAAAUAAAUGAAGGAGUUCUCUGAUCAUAUUGAUCACUACAGAAGCAAAAGCCAAAUCAGCCCCCUUCAUUAUCAGUAUUUCCCAUGCUGUACUCAAUAGAUGUGUUAGACUGAGUACUUGGUUUUUGUUUAAUAGAACCAAUAACCAGUGUUUGACUUAUUACUAAAUGUGAAAAGUAUACUUACAUUUACCUGCUUGUAAAAUCCAUUAAGUGUU